ACACAGAAACACACACACACACGUUUGCAUGUCCCACCCGUAGACUGUAUAUAGUAACGCCACGCUCCUAUAGGCGCAGCAGCGUCACAUGACGUGUGUUCCGAACAUUAUCAGCAGCAGCAGCAGAUGAUGGAGCAUCUGUCUGCGGACUAUGUGUGGAUGUGAACCGCGCUCUGCCGGGAGGAGGACGAACACUGACCCAGCAGCUCAGGUUGUUCCAGAGUUCUUUUUAGAAAGAGACCAGGGCCUGUACUGUCCACAGCAGGUCUGUCCUCUCUCCUGCUGAGACGACGGCGCCAUGGCCAACCAUGAGGAAUCCACGAAGAUGAAUGGCCAAUCCUCCCAUGGUGUGGAUCCCCCCAAAGAGAGCAUGCAGCUGAAGAAGGAGAUCUCGCUGCUAAACGGUGUCAGCCUAAUCGUGGGAAACAUGAUCGGCUCCGGAAUCUUCGUCUCCCCAAAGGGCGUGCUGAUCUACAGCGCUUCAUACGGGCUGUCCCUGGUCAUCUGGGUGAUCGGAGGGCUGUUUUCUGUCUUCGGGGCCCUCUGCUACGCCGAGCUGGGCACCACCAUCACCAAAUCAGGAGCAUCCUAUGCAUACAUCCUGGAGUCCUUUGGCGGCUUCCUUGCGUUUAUUCGCUUGUGGACAUCUUUGUUGAUCAUCGAGCCCACCAGUCAGGCGGUCAUCGCCAUUACGUUUGCGAACUACCUGGUGCAGCCGCUCUUCCCGACAUGUGAGCCACCGUACGUAGGGUCCCGGCUCCUCGCUGCAGCCUGCGUGUGCCUACUGACAUUCGUCAACUCUGCCUACGUGAAGUGGGGCACCCGAGUUCAGGACAUCUCCACCUACGCCAAGGUGGCGGCCCUCAUCGUCAUCAUCGCCACCGGCCUCGUCAAGCUGUGCCAGGGUUACACAACCAACUUUGAGUCCUCCUUUCAGGGAUCCUCUACAGAUCCCGGGAACAUUGCACUGGCGCUCUACUCCGCCCUCUUCUCAUACUCGGGCUGGGACACCCUCAACUUUGUUACAGAGGAGAUCAAAAACCCAGAAAGGAACCUGCCAUUAGCCAUCGCCAUCUCGAUGCCCAUUGUCACCAUCAUCUACAUCCUCACCAAUGUGGCCUACUAUGCUGUUCUGGAUGUUAGUGCUAUACUGGCGAGUGACGCAGUGGCAGUGACAUUUGCAGAUAACACACUUGGUGUGAUGAGCUGGAUCAUCCCCCUCGCUGUGGCUCUGUCCUGCUAUGGAGGCCUCAACGCCUCCAUUAUUGCCGCUUCCAGGUUGUUCUUUGUGGGCUCCCGUGAGGGCCAUCUUCCAAAUACUCUGUCCAUGAUCCACAUCCAGAGAUUCACUCCGAUCCCUGCUCUCAUCUUCAAUGUAUAUACAUGGAUCAUGUGUCAUGUCACUGAUCUACCUGACAGUGGAGGACGUCUUCCAACUGAUCAACUACUACAGCUUCAGCUACUGGUUCUUCAUGGGUCUGUCCAUCGCUGGCCAGAUCUACCUCCGCUGGAAGGAGCCCGACAGACCCAGACCUCUCAAGCUGUCUUUAUUUUUCCCGGUGGUGUUCUGUAUGUGCGCCAUCUUCCUGGUGGCCGUGCCUCUCUACAGCGACACCGUCAACUCUCUGAUCGGCAUCGCCAUUGCCCUGUCAGGAGUCCCUGUCUACUUCCUGGGAGUCUACUUACCGGAGUCCAAGCGACCACCUAUCAUCACCAAGCUGCUGCGUUCUGUGACUCACUUAACCCAGCACACCUGCUACUGCGUGCUCACAGAGAGCGACAAAGGUGAAUAGCAUCCAGUGGGUUUCAAAACUUUACCCAGCAGCCUCAGCUGCCUCAGGGCUGACAAUCACCAGAGGGACCUGACCAGGGAUUCUGCUGUGGAAUAAGGAUUUAUGACUACCAUUUAUUAUUGCUUCGGACUGUACUCCACACUGAGGCUCUCUGAUGUCACUGCAUGGUUUACAACACUGAAAAUGCUGCCACAGAUGCACAUGUUCACUCACAGCUUUAUUUCCUGGAAUUCAAGGACCUGCCAGGAUUUCAACGUUCAGUCACCACAGUUCUCUGUGUCAUAUUUCAUGUUGUGAGUACUGCAACACACAGUUUGAUUUCUUCAUCACACUAUUUGAUGACGAAUAGUGACUUUCGUUAUGAUUACCUGUCCUAUGGGUUUACAGGUAAUAGUUAUACAAAUGCCUUGUGCCUGUGAGAUUUUACAGGUCUGUGCACACGACCACAGCAACCUCAUAAGUAGAUUCUAUUUAAUGGAUUUAAAUCUUUGUUGUAAUUGAAAGAUAUCGUGAGAGGUAUAUGUGAAUGUUCUCGCCUGAGGAUUUAAGUAUUGUUAAUUGUUUGUUCACUUCCUGAAAUGAACUAAGGGAAGAACAUGUUUUGUAAGCUGCCAACUGAAGAUGUUGGAUCAUCGUUCUAAUGUCAUUGCCUUCAUGUCAGUUUGGCGCCAUUUUACCUCCACCCAAAAGUUAUGCUUUUAUCUGCACUUGUAUGUUAGCAAGAUAACGCAAGAUCUACCAAACCGAUUUCCAUCAAAUUUUCUGGAGGGGUGGGGGAGGACCUGAGGAAGAAGCCAUUCAAUUUUAAAGCAGAUCCCAAAAAUGUCAACGUGGCGAGAUAGAUAUUCCUUCUUUGUAGGUGAUAUAUGCGGGAAGUAUGCUAACCCAAAAGGCUGAGGUGGGUUUAGUCUGCAGGAUCCAGUCUGUUGAUAAACCAGUUGUAUUACCUUGUGCUAACAGUUGUAUGGAUAUAUUUCACUCUAUGAACAUUGGGCAGAUUGAAGCUCGUGCAGUAAUGUAGGAAAUUAAAGGCGGUUUCCUGCAGUGCAGUUUAAUAGACGGUGUCAAUGAAAUUUCCUUUUCAAUCAAACACCAUCUGCUCCUCAGUGCGUCCUGACAGGUCGCCGGGCUUCUACUAGAUAAGAAAGGAAUGUUUCCAAGAUGAGAAGCUGAUUCUAAGAUUGUAUUCCUGAGAGUUACAAGGACAAUUCAAAACAAGUAUGACCAUUUCAGACCAGAUUUGGUUCACAUUUACCUCUCAAUGGACUACCUCAAAAUCAGAGAAAGACAAAGGCAUUGCUUCAGGACAGUAACUCCAUAGAUCACCUACACCAGCACUAGAGAAUGAAGUCUCAAUUUUAACAUUACACUUUUUGUUCCUCCACAUGCUGGACAUUUAAUUUUAAUACAAUAUGUACAUCUCUUCAGUUGUGAAUCACUGAGAUUGAUUUAUUCUUCAUACGGAAGUUUUGAUUAGAUUUGUCUGCCGUAUACAUGCAUAUAAGAAAUAUCAAUAAACUCUGAUAAUGAACCAGUUUCUGUUUACAUCAUGCAGGAAAAAGAGUUGACACUGACAUGUUUUAUGUUUAUUUUGAAAGCUUUCCUUUUAUACACAUCUACAUAUUUACAAAAGUGAAAGUCAACAAGUAUCCAAGAGAAACAAUCUGAAUUUCAGCGGGAAAUUAUGAACUAAACAAUCUCACACACCCACAACAAAUAUGGUGCACCACACUUUCCACAUUAUGCAAAAAAUCUAACACGCACAGUUAUACGUACACACACUACCAUGCCAAAAAAAAAUGCAAACACCCUAAAUUGCAACCACACAUUGCCCGACACACGUCGCUCACAGAAUUGUUAACGGCACAAAGCAUACGAGGCAUAUCACACUAAUGUGCAACAUUUCUAACACACAUCCACUUUGAACAAACACACACGCAAACUUCACUCCACCACAGUAAAAAAAAAUAAGACGCUGGACCUUUUGGAAAUAACAGCAACCCCUUCAGAAUCUGUGUAGUAAAGAGAGGCGUCAGAUAUACUGUAUGUGAUGCGUGAAAUUUGUAUUUUAGUUUAGAAGCUUUGAGGCUCAGUUACAUUACAAUACUUUGGCACAUAAAAAC